AUGAGCGGUUAUGUAAUGGAUCUGGAUGACCUCGUGAUGAAGAUGAAGCGCGCGAACUGCGGUCCAAGCGAAGAGGACGUGUGCGCAGUACUGUUGCGGAGUCUACCUUCCAGCUCCAAGAGCUUGGUACAGGCAUUCCGAAUGUCCGUCGCAAGCUUCAGUUUUAGUGACCUCGUGAGCAAGUUGAUCGCCGAAGAAGUGCGCCAGAAUGAGGCUGCACGGGUAGAAGAUGCGACGGAUCUCUACGCAGGCAAGAGGAAGGGUAAGCAGUUCCCGAAGAAGCAACAGGGACGGCGCGCGAAAGGACCAUCAGGUACCUGCUACAACUGUGGCAAGGUCGGACACUACGCCAGAGAUUGUAGCUCCGGUCGAGGGCCGAGGGAGCACCAGCAUGACCAGUCGAAUGUCGCGUUUAGUGCCAGCGAAGGUUUCGCGAGCAACAGCUGGGUCAUGGACAGUGGCGCGUCAGCACACAUGUGCAAGGAUCGAGAUGCGUUCGAAGAGUACGAAUAA